AUGAAAAAAGUUAAAAAUAUGGGUAAUAUUGAUGAAGUUCGUAAGGAAAAGAAAAUGGAAAUGGAAAAGGCAGCAGAAGAGAUUAAAUCUGUUCAUGAAAUGGACGAUGAAAAACCGCUCAAUGCUGUGACAUAUUCAAAUUUGCAUGUUCGAAUUAAAGAGAAUAAAUGCAAGCUUUAUGAGACGAACGAUGAACCAACGAUUGAUGAAGAAGGGGAAGAACCGAUUAUUUAA